AUGCAGAACAGUCACAGCGGAGUGAAUCAGCUCGGUGGUGUCUUUGUCAACGGGCGGCCACUGCCGGACUCCACCCGGCAGAAGAUCGUAGAGCUAGCUCACAGCGGGGCCCGGCCGUGCGACAUUUCCCGAAUUCUGCAGGUGAUCCUCCCGGCGCCGCCCCACUCGCCGCCCCCGCGGCCCUCCACUCUCAACGCCCUCUCUUCAUUUCUUACUACCCAUGCAGAUGCAAAAGUCCAAGUGCUGGACAAUCAAAACGUGUCCAACGGAUGUGUGAGUAAAAUUCUGGGCAGGUAUUACGAGACUGGCUCCAUCAGACCCAGGGCAAUCGGUGGUAGUAAACCGAGAGUAGCGACUCCAGAAGUUGUAAGCAAAAUAGCCCAGUAUAAGCGGGAGUGCCCGUCCAUCUUUGCUUGGGAAAUCCGAGACAGAUUACUGUCCGAGGGGGUCUGUACCAACGAUAACAUACCAAGUGUGUCAUCAAUAAACAGAGUUCUUCGCAACCUGGCUAGCGAAAAGCAACAGAUGGGCGCAGACGGCAUGUAUGAUAAACUAAGGAUGUUGAACGGGCAGACCGGAAGCUGGGGCACCCGCCCGGGUUGGUAUCCGGGGACUUCUGUGCCAGGGCAACCUACGCAAGAUGGCUGCCAGCAACAGGAAGGAGGGGGAGAGAAUACCAACUCCAUCAGUUCCAACGGAGAAGAUUCAGAUGAGGCCCAAAUGCGACUUCAGCUGAAGCGGAAGCUGCAGAGAAAUAGAACAUCCUUUACCCAAGAGCAAAUUGAGGCCCUGGAGAAAGAGUUUGAGAGAACCCAUUAUCCGGAUGUGUUCGCCCGAGAAAGACUAGCAGCCAAAAUCGAUCUACCUGAAGCGAGAAUACAGGUAUGGUUUUCUAAUCGGAGGGCCAAAUGGAGAAGAGAAGAAAAGCUGAGGAACCAGAGAAGACAGGCCAGCAACACACCCAGUCACAUCCCCAUCAGCAGUAGCUUCAGCACCAGUGUCUAUCAACCGAUCCCACAACCCACCACGCCUGUUUCCUCCUUCACCUCUGGCUCCAUGCUGGGCCGGACAGACACGGCCCUCACAAACACGUACAGCGCUCUGCCCCCCAUGCCCAGCUUCACCAUGGCGAAUAACCUGCCUAUGCAACCCCCAGUCCCCAGCCAGACCUCCUCGUACUCCUGCAUGCUGCCCACCAGCCCUUCGGUGAACGGGCGGAGUUACGACACGUACACCCCCCCCCAUAUGCAGACACACAUGAACAGUCAGCCGAUGGGCACCUCGGGCACCACUUCCACAGGACUCAUUUCCCCUGGUGUGUCAGUUCCAGUUCAAGUUCCUGGAAGUGAACCUGAUAUGUCUCAGUAUUGGCCAAGAUUACAGUAAAAAAAAAAAAAAGGAUAUAUUGUGUUAAUUCAGUCAGUGACUAUGUGGACACAGCAGUUGGGCGUUCAGGAAGGAAAGAAAGAUGGCUAUUAGAAGCACUUCAGUUCUGCAAUUGUGUCCUGUAUUGUACCACUGGGGAACGGACUUGAAACAAGGACCUUUGUAUACAGAAGGCACGAUAUCAGUUGGAACAAAUCUUCAUUUUGGUAUCCAAACUUUUAUUCAUUUUGGUGUAUUAUUUGUAAAUGGGCAUUUGUAUGUUAUGAAAAAAAGAACAACGUAGACUGGAUGGAUGUUUGAUCUGUGUUGGUCAUGGAGUUGUUUAAAAAAAAAAAAAGGAAACCAUGAUCAACAAGCUUUGCCACGAAUUUAAGAGUUUUAUCAAGAUAUAUCAAAUACUUCUACCCAUCUGUUCAUAGUUUAUGGACUGAUGUUCCAAGUUUGUAUCAUUCCUUUGCAUAUAAUUAAACCUGGAACAACAUGCACUAGAUUUAUGUAAGAAUAUCUGUUGGUUUUCCAAAGGUUGUUAACAGAUGAAGUUUAUGUGCAAAAAAGGGUAAGAUAUAAAUUCAAGGAAGAAAAAAGUUGAUAGCUAAAAGGUAGAGUGUGUCUUCGAUAAAAUCCAAUUUGUUUUAUGUCAAAAUGUAAGUAUUUGUCUUCCCUAGAAAUCCUCAGAAUGAUUUCUAUAAUAAAGUUAAUUUCAUUUAUAUUUGACAAGAAUACUCUAUAGAUGUUUUAUACACAUUUUCAUGCAAUCAUACGUUUCUUUUUUGGCCAGCAAAAAUUAAUUGUUCUUAGAUAUAGUUGUAUUACUGUUCACAGUCCAAUCAUUUUGUGCAUCUAGAAUUCAUUCCUAAUCAAUUAAAAGUGCUUGCAAGAGUUUUAAACUUAAGUGUUUUGAAGUUGUUCACAACUACAUAUCAAAAUUAACCAUUGUUGAUUGUAAGAACCAUGCCAAAGCCUUUGUAUUUCCUUUAUUAUACUAUUUUCUUUUUAA